CGGACCGUGCCAUUCUCAGUUGAGUGCCUCUGGCUCCCUAGGCAUCGGUGCCGCCGUGCUUCACGCUUCCGUCCGCGCAUGAGAGCUGCUUGUGCUAAAUCUCUUAUCAUAUUUAGACUCGGGAGAUAAGCCGUUCAUAAGUCUUGAACCCAUUUUGUGCAUCGCCCUCUCCUCCCACCCCCCCCAUCACCACCCCACCCCACCCCCCCACCCACACCCGACAAAGCAGAAACUUGCAAGAAAAAGAGAGAAAAAAAUUAUCUGAAUCAGUUUCCUUCGGGAUCUUAUCUGGCGUGUGUUAGUGAGUGAGUGCUACUGCUACCAAUGGGCCCGAUCAAGAGUGAGAAAUCCGUUGAUAUGUUGCCCACUCUGCCCUACCCGGACCCCGCUUUGGCCGCCAUGGGUAAGCAGGGUGCGUGCUACGACCUCCCUUUGGACGCGGACCCACAAAUCCAGCAAUACGGCGAAGUGAACCAGCUGGGCGGCGUUUUCGUGAAUGGGCGGCCGCUGCCCAACCACGUGCGCAUGCGUAUCGUAGAACUGGCGCAGCUGGGCAUCAGACCUUGUGACAUUUCGAGGCAGCUGAGGGUGUCCCACGGAUGCGUCUCCAAGAUCCUGGCCAGAUACAACGAGACGGGCUCCAUCCUCCCAGGCGCCAUCGGGGGCUCCAAACCCAGGGUCACGACGCCCAAGGUGGUCAACUACAUCAAGGACCUGAAGCAGAAGGACCCCGGCAUCUUCGCGUGGGAGAUCAGGGAGAGACUCCUGAAGGAUGGCGUCUGUGACAAGUAUAACGUGCCGAGUGUCAGUUCUAUCUCCAGGAUCCUGAGGAACAAGAUCGGGUCGCUGCACCACCUGGGGUCGCAGAGCCCCUACGACGUGAAGCACCCCGCCUCCUCGCUCUACAACUCGCUCUACCCGGCGGCCGCAGCCUACACCGCCGCCGCCGCAGCCUACUCCUCCAUGGCGCCGCCCGCGGCCAUGCAGCAGGGCUCCGCUCAGGUCCCGUCGGCGCCCGUCCCGCCCACGAGCGCCGCCGCCUCCGGCGCGGGCGGCGUGAAGGCGGCCACCACGCCCUCGCCGCCGGUGUCGGGCGCCACGUGCGGCAUGGGCGGCAUGCGGCCCCACUGGCCGUCGUCGCACACGGUGUCCGACCUGCUGGGCCACGUCAACAUGGCCGCCGCCGGCCUGCCGCGCCACCACCCGAUGCAGGACGCCAACAGCUACAACUACUACAUGUACUUCCAGUCGUGCGGGCCGCAGAACAACUCGCUGGCGCACAACGGCCUGCCCAACCACCUGUCCUCGUCGCUGGCCAACGGCUUCUCCAGCCCGCUCGCCAACCCGCUCUCCAACGGCCUCCCCAACGGCCUCUCCAGCGGCCUGGCCAACGGCCUCUCCAACGGCCUCUCCAACGGCCUCCAGAACGGCUUCGGGAACCCGCUCAGCUCCAUGAUGAGCGGCUCGGCGCUCACGCCGCAGACCGCCACACUCUAAUGCAGGCGCCCGCCCGCUCUCUCACGCCCUCACCUCCAAACUUCAAGCACCAAUUAACCACUCACGCCACGCCCUUCCCUUGUUCCCCCAAAGACGGAAGUGACAAACGCCAAACGAAAGGAAAAAAGAAACAGACGAGAAAAUCCUCUCGGUGUUCGAAAAAUCCGAACCACAACAGACGAGCGAACAAAGCGCCGGCAGUGCUUCGAGUGCGCCCCAAACGUCUUAAUUCGGUCCAGGUGGCGCUGCCGUGCACUGCACCCCCCCCCCCUCCCAAGCUGGUACACAAGGCAUGCUCAGACGGUACACUUACAUGCUUAACUAGCUUUUAAAACGGAAAGUAACAAAAGUGUCGAUCCUUCGCGAGUGAUUGCUUUAUGUGACGGAAACAAUGAACAAAGGUCGACCGUGGAAAAGGUGUUUUCUCGCUUAAUACAACUAUUUGGGACAAGAACUUCUGUUUGUUAUAGAAAUGAAUCCAGUCUCCUACCUCUAACAGUGUUACUUCAUCCAGGAUGUUCGUUCCUGGUGAGUGUUGUGUACAUAUACAUAUGUAUAUAUAUAUUGUAAAUGUGUGUCAUGUUUCAUUAUUCUUGUUAGUUGUUAAGAAGCGAAAAUGUUUGUGUACCUUACUGUUUUUUUCAUCUUAGUGUACGAAUGAGGGAGAGAGAGAGAGAGAGAGAGAGAGAGAGAGAGAGAGAGAGAGAGAGAGAGAGAGAGAGAGAGAGAGAGAGAAUUAUCAUCUGACCAAAUAGAUUAGGAAUUCACAAUGUACACGUCAUUCAUACCAUCAAGAGUACAUUGCGUCAUACGUCAUGCAGAUAUUAUGUCAAAUGUCCACGUAUGUAUGUGUGUGUGUGUGUGUGCGUGUAUGCGUGUGUAUGUGUGUGUGUGUGUGUUUGUGAUGUGAUGCUGCCUUGCUUAGUUAGCUUUAUUACAUUUAUCAUAAUUAAACAUUAGCAUAUUGCAAAACAAAAAAUAAAAACGAACUCCCAUUGUAUACUCGGGUAACAAUACUUAUCCUUUCCUCAUACCUUCCCCCUCCCCCUCCUCCCCCCACCUUCACGGAU